AUGUCGUGGUCCUCACACUCUCUUUCUUCACGUCACCCCCUUUCCCAUUUCAACGGCGCCUUGUACGCUGGCUUGCUCGUUGCCCCGCUGCUCGUUGUGCGUUCGCUUCCUGGAAACUGGACUAGCCGAGGAUGCUUCACUGAUGAUCCUGCUUCCCGGACUCUCACGGGUGCAACAUUUACGAGCACUACAGCGAUGACUGUUGAGAACUGCAUUGCAUUCUGCUCCGGUUCAAACAAUGGAGCCAAUGGCAUUCCGGCUCAGUCUUCUAGCUUCAUUUUUGCCGGUGUUGAAUUUGGUCAAGAAUGCUACUGUGAUAAUUUCAUCGAAAAUGGCGGAACAAAUGCAUCCUUGUCAGAUUGUAACUCGGGAUGCACUGGCGAUGCAAACGAGUCAUGUGGUGGUCCUAACCGAUUAAAUCUAUUCUUUUCUGGUGGCACUCCACCUCCGGCACCAAUCGAGGUACCAAGCGUAGGCCAAUGGGGCUCUCUAGGUUGCUAUACAGAUGACGUUAAUGAUCGCACACUUUCUACACCCAUCGGCGUAGACGGCGAUAUGACCGUUCCGGCUUGUGUUGCCGCAUGCCAGGCGGACAACUUCCCGCUCGCAGGUCUCGAGUUCGCGACUCAAUGCUUCUGCGGGACCAGCAUUGAGGGCACAGGCGCUCCCGCAUCGUCUGGCUGCAACAUGGUUUGCCAAGGAAACUCCUCAACUCUGUGUGGUGGACCGAAUAGGUUGAACUUGUAUAACUUCACGGGAACAAUCACUGGCCCUCCUGUUGUUAAUCCACCCGCGGGCGGCGGAGGUGGAGGUGGAGGUGCAAAUCCAAACGUUCAUCCCGUUCUUUCGGGGCUGCCUACCCCUUGGAACUACAGCGGCUGCUAUGUAGACAACGCUCACGGGCGCAUUUUGGGUACUGAGCAGCCUGAUAACGAUUCGCUCACCGUGGAGUCUUGCAUUGACUUCUGCCAGGGAGGCAACUUCUCCUUAGCCGGCAUGGAGUUUGGAGUACAAUGCUUCUGUGACAACGAUGUAAUCGACGGUGGUGUUUUAGCCGCCUCUGACACGGAUUGCAACAUGGCCUGCGGCGGCAACUCGACCGAAGCGUGUGGCGGUCCGAAUCGGAUGUCCAUAUACUCGACGUCCAGUAACGUGACGACUCUGCCAGUUCCAACACCUCAAAACACUAGUUUGCCCGGAAACUGGAAAUAUGUCGGGUGUCUCGCGGAACCUGGAGCCGAUCGCGUUUUCCCUUAUCAGAUUAUUUUGGAGAAGAAUAAUUCGGCGACCAAUUGCUUGUCACUCUGUUCGACCUAUGGCUACCCCGCGGCAGGCAUGGAGUUCGGUGAUGAAUGCUGGUGUGGUGAUGUCGAGGAUAUUGCUAAUAACGGCGGUAAGAAUGCCUCAGAGGCCGACUGUGCUAUGGCAUGCUCAGGCGACCCGAUUCAUCUCUGCGGUGGUGCCGAACGCCUCAGUCUCUACGAAUGGGAGGGCGGCAUUAACACAUGGCACACUCCAGCAAAUACUGGGCGCUAUGAGUUCUUGAUUGGUGGUCUUGUAGUACCGCUCAUUGCUAACCUUGGCAUUAACGAAAAGGUCCAAUUUCUCGAGAAGUUCGGGACAGGACCGCCUAAUUCAACGGGUGCCUACGAACUGGAUCUAUCACUCACCGAUGACUUCAGUAAAGCAUGGAGGGAAAUGCAUGUCAAGACGGACGUCUUCUGUUCUGCCGGCUUGACUCUUCCAGAUAAAGCUGGUCGUCUGAUCAACGUUGGUGGUUGGUCAUUGGACUCGACUUUCGGUAUUCGUUUGUAUACUCCGAGCGGAUCUGACGGCGUCAACGGGACUACGGAUUGGGAGGAAAAUGUCCAAGAGUUGACCCUCCAGAAUGGUAGAUGGUACCCUGGUGCGAUGAUAAUGGCUAACGGUACCAUUCUCGUCGUUGGUGGAGAGAAUGGUAGCAAUGGACCUCCGGUUCCGACGCUUGAAAUUCUUCCUACUCCUGCGGGUGGAUCAACAGUCCUCACCAUGGACUGGUUGCAACUCACGGAUCCGAAUAACCUUUAUCCCUUCCUUUUCGUCCUUCCUUCGGGAGGUGUCUUCGUCGUCUACUACAACGAAGCGCGUAUCCUUAAUGAAGCUACUUUUGAUACCAUUAAACAACUUCCCAACGUUCCCGGCGCCGUGGACAACUUCCUGGGAGGACGUACCUACCCAAUGGAAGGCACCGCCGUUAUGCUUCCUCAGUCAGCUCCUUACACAGAUCCGGUCACAAUCCUUGUAUGUGGUGGCUCGACACCUGGCCCUGCUAUCGCACUCGAUAAUUGCGUGACGACCCAGCCGGAGGUGGAAAAUCCUCAAUGGACCAUUGAACGCAUGCCCUCGAAGCGCGUCAUGACUUGCAUGGUACCUAUGCCAGACGGCACAUACAUGAUCAUGAACGGAGCGCAACAGGGAGUAGCUGGUUUCGGCCUUGCGACAGAUCCAAACCUGCAAGCACUGCUGUAUGACCCGGGCCAGCCAAUAGGAUCGCGUUUCUCCAUCUUGAACACGACGAUCGUUGCACGCUUGUAUCAUUCUGAAGCCAUAUUGCUGCCUGACGGGCGUGUACUCGUUUCAGGAUCCGACCCGGAAGACCCGAAGUUCCCGCAGGAGUAUCGUGUCGAGGUCUAUAUUCCUCCAUACCUUACAUCAGGCCUGACACAACCUUCCUUUACCAUUGAGAACACGGAUUGGGCAUAUGGCCAGCAAGUUCCCAUCACGGUGACUCUUCACCAAGGCACGACGAGUACAAUGAGAGUCUCUCUUAUUGGAGCGGUCUCGAGUACGCAUGGUAAUAGCAUGGGCGCGCGCACAAUCUUCCCAGAAUUUAGUUGCUCGGGCAACACUUGUACGAUUACUGCUCCGCCUAACGCUCACGUCAGCCCCCCUGGAUGGUUCCAACUCUUCGUACUCGACGGACCUACACCUUCCCACUCCCAAUGGGUCCGCAUCGGAGGCGAUCCUGCAGAACUCGGUAACUGGCCACCGUUUGACGACUUCACGCGUCCAGGUGUUUGA